AACAAACAGAUAUAGACAGAUGGUCAGAUAGUCACCUCCAUUUCUAGAGUCCUUUAUACAGUAGAGAAUGUUUCAAAUCAGCUUUACAGAUCAGUAUGAAGAUGAUGUUGAUUUUCUCAGCACAAACUGAUCUCCCAGUUCACAUGUACGUCGAAUCAAACUCCAGCAGAAGCAUGAAUGUUGUUUUUCCGGUUGGUCCAGCUAACGCUCACGCUACAGCAGAGUGUGUGUGUGUGUGUGUCUGCAGGCCGCACGGAACUGCCUGGUGAACGAGAGGAAUGUGGUGAAGGUGUGCGACUUCGGCAUGACCAGGUACGUUCUGGACAAUCAGUACACCAGCUCCAUGGGCUCCAGGUUCCCCGUCAAAUGGUCUCCACCGGAAGUUCUUCACUUCAACAAGUUCAGCAACAAGUCAGACGUCUGGUCAUUUGGCAUGCUGAUGUGGGAGGUUUUCUCGGAGGGAAAGACGCCAUUUGAGAACCGCUCCAAUCUGGAGGUGGUGGAGGAGGUGACGCAGGGCGGCCGUCUCUACAGGCCUCACCGGGCAUCUGCACACAUCUACAACAUCAUGUACCGCUGCUGGCACGAGAGACCUCAUGGACGACCAUCUUUUUCUGAGCUACUGCAGAUUAUCAGACUGAUCACUGAAGAGGAGACGGACACAUGAACACACACACACUCACACUCACACACACACACACACACACACACACACACAAGUUCAGAGGACUUCUGAGGACAUCUGUUGAUCUUCAGCAUGAGCCGAUGUGUGUGUAUGUGUGUGUGUGUGUGUGUGUGUUUGAUGAACUGACAUCUUACAGUCAUUAGUGAGAUAAUGAGAUGCUUUGUAUAUGUACAUUGUAAAAAUGCAACUUCAUAUCAGUCUGUAAACUUCACAAGCACCUGUGGACAUGAAUAAAGAUGCUUGA